AUGCUGGGAUGGGCCUCCUUCAAUGCGAUCAAGUUCAGUUUCCUUUUCUUCUUCAAAAGGAUUAUUGAUCGCUUGCCAACCUGGAUGAUCUUCUGGUGGGCCGUGGUUGCCUACACAACAGUGUUGUGCAAAAUCGGCCCCGACAAGAAGAUUAUUGUCCUCCACACAGCCAUCAAUACCGCCUUGGAAAUCGUUGUUCUUGCCAUCCCCAUCGCUAUCAUCUGGAAUAUUCGCGUUCACUGGAUGCAAAAGGUCGUACUCACAUGCUCCCUCUGCCUGACAGUCAUUAUCAUCGUCUUUAUGAUUACUCAAGCCUCGGGUCUCAUGCAUCACGGGGUGGUCGACAUAAAUUGGUUGAUUUUCUGGCACUUACUCAACGCAGAGGCGGCUGUUUUUCUCGCCUCCGCCGUCUCAUUCCGGUCUUUCUUCGUUGCUCGGAAGAACAGUCGUCCCUCCGUGCGACCGUAUUCGGUCAAGCAGAUGGUCAAGGAAUCAUUUGGCAGAUCCCGGCACCCCAACCCUACUAACACUAAACCAUUGGAAGAUUCUUGGUGUGGUGGAUCUCGAGAACAGAGUUUGAAAGGCUCGCACGGGCGCAAGAUCAGGGAUCAAAUCAGAUCUCAUGUCAUGAUUCUCCGGGUCGACAGGAUGGGGAUAAUGCAUCCCUUGAGCGUUCUAAUGGCACCCAUUUAG